CAUGCGCGUUGCGCCUCGCGGAGCGGAGACCAUUUCCUCCAGCAGCAGCGGCGGCAGCAGCAGCAGCAGCAGGCCUCGCAGAGCUCCGCCACACACACAGACACACAUAUGCAGACAGAGUCCGGAGCCAAGCCACGUUUGGGAUUGUCUAAUAUUCACGUCGCGACACCUGGAUGCCCCCCCGGACCGCUGGAGUCCUCCUGAUGGGCCUUCAUCGCUGAUUCUUGCAGCAGCAUCUGGGUCGACACUACUAGAAUCUUUCGGCUCUGAUGGUACCAGCUGAACAGUGACCGCUACCUGCCUGAGGACACCUGCUGCCCAAUUCCCUUCAUCAUGUCUGGGAUGCACGCACCAUGGUCGAGUGGCACAGAGUGUGUAGCCAAGUACAACUUCCAGACUGCCAACGAACAGGACCUGCCUUUCUGUAAAGGAGAUGUACUGACCAUUAUCGGAGUCACCAGGGAUCCAAACUGGUACAGAGCGAGGAACACAGUGGGCAGAGAGGGCACCAUCCCGGCUAACUAUGUCCAGAAAAGAGAAGGAGUCAAGUCCGGAGGGAAACUCAGUCUUAUGCCCUGGUUUCACGGGAAGAUAACUCGGGAGCAGGCCGAGCGGCUGCUCUACCCUCCAGAGACGGGCUUGUUCCUGGUGAGGGAGAGCACCAACUAUCCCGGCGACUACACCCUGUGCGUCAGCUGCGAUGGCAAGGUGGAGCACUACCGCAUCAUCUAUCACAACGGCAAGCUCACCAUUGACGAGGAGGAGUACUUUGAGAACCUCAUGCAGCUGGUUGAGCAUUACACCAAAGAUGCCGACGGCCUUUGCACCAGGCUGAUUAAACCCAAGUUGAUGGAGGGAACAGUGGCAGCACAAGACGAGUUCUCCAGGAGCGGCUGGGCCUUGAACAGAAAGGAGCUGAAACUCCUGCAGACCAUUGGCAAAGGGGAGUUUGGAGAUGUGAUGGUGGGAGACUACAGAGGGACCAAGGUGGCAGUCAAGUGUAUCAAGAAUGACGCCACAGCGCAGGCGUUCAUCGCCGAGGCCUCUGUCAUGACGCAACUGAGGCACAACAACCUGGUGCAGUUGCUAGGGGUAAUUGUGGAGGAGAGGGGCAGUCUCUACAUCGUCACAGAGUACAUGGCGAAGGGCAGCCUCGUGGACUACCUGCGCUCUCGAGGACGGACUGUGCUCGGCGGAGACUGCUUACUCAAGUUCUCACUUGAUGUGUGUGAAGCCAUGGAGUACCUGGAGGCCAACAACUUCGUCCACAGAGACCUGGCAGCUCGUAACGUGCUGGUGUCCGACGACAACAUCGCCAAGGUCAGCGACUUCGGCCUCACCAAGGAGGCCUCUUCCAUACAGGACACCGCCAAGCUGCCCGUCAAAUGGACCUCCCCCGAAGCACUAAGAGAGAAGAGGUUUUCCACCAAGUCGGACGUCUGGAGUUAUGGGAUCCUACUCUGGGAGAUCUACUCCUUUGGGCGCGUGCCUUACCCUAGAAUUCCGCUGAAGGAGGUGGUGCCCCGGGUAGAGAAGGGAUACAAGAUGGACGCCCCAGACGGCUGCCCGCCCGUGGUGUACGACCUGAUGAAGCAGUGCUGGACCCUGGACUCGGUGGUGCGGCCUUCCUUCCGUAUGUUGAGGGAGAAGCUGCAGCAUAUCAGAGCCAAGGAGCUGUACCUGUGAAGAGGAGGCUCACGGAGGAGGGGGAGGGCGAGGAGGGGAGAGGAGGGGGGCGAGACACAGCCCAGCACGGCUGUAAAGUGGGAGGAGGAGGAGGAGGAGGAGGAGGAGGAGAGGGACCACAGCACCUUCCUCCUUCCUGCCCAGCCUGUUGCCUGUGGGACUGCCAUACGUCGCCCCUCCCCCGACCUCAGACGUCCACCAGCCGCCCUCUGCUUCCAUACAAGGACUGUUUUCCUGUUUGUGUUGUAAAGCUUUUGCCAGACAGUUUCCUCUUCUCUCAACGGGCCGCUGCUCUUUCCUCCUUCUAAACCUGCCGCUGCUCACCUUCUCUCUGUCUCUCUCUUUGUCUCGGUCCAAGUUCUUCUUCCACCUUAAUGAUCCCCUUUUUUCCUUUUCUUAUUAUUUUUCCCUCCCCUCCUCCUCUCCUGAACAUGGCAUUAACUAGAGGGGAGGCUGGCCUUUUCCUCCACGUUUGUCAGGUGCUCUCUUUUCUUCUUCCCCCCACGUCUCUCCAUCAUUCCUGGAUCUUUGUAAGACCGAGUGGCUCUGCAUGAAUUCGACCCAGCUCUCUCUUGUCAUUCCAUCCUUCCUUCUCUCCCUCCCCUCCCCUCCCUCCCCUCCCUCCUUCUCGGCGUGGUGUCAGGUGUGGGGCCUUCGCUCUGUGCCAAAGUGCCUCCAGUCUACAGAGCUCCAGACUUCCCUCCAGCACUUCUUUCAAUUGGACUGUUGUGAUUUGAUUUUUUUAAUUGCUUUUUUUAAGGAAUCUUUUUUUAUCGCUUUCUUUUUUCUUUUCUUUUCUUUUUUUUUUUUUCAGGGAGGUUUUCAAACCGUUUUUUUUUUUUUUUUUUUUUUUUAUUAGUGCUGUCUCCCCCCAUCUCCACCAUCACCCCAUCAGACUAUUUUUGUUUUUGUUUCAAGUGUCCAUAAAGAAGAGCAUAAACAGGAAGAGAGAGGAUUUUUUUUUGGGGGGGGGGGGCAGUAUCGUGUUCAUCCUCCAACCAAUACGGCCCGGAGAAGAGGUGGAGGAUCGGGGCGGGACAUGAACAGGAGAAGGGGGAGAAGCAGUUCACAAACAUGGUUGAUUCAUCAUAUGUGGGCUUGUUUUUAUAUCAAAAUAUAUUUAAAGGAUUAAAAAAAAACAAAAAAAAGGAGAAAAAAACUGACCGGUGCGGAGAAAUUAAAAAAGAGGAGGACUUUCAGGAGCCAGGCGUCUCUUGGCGUUAGGAAUGUUCAGUGUCUCUGUGAACGCUGGGGUCCGGGUGGUGCAUGCUGUGUGUGAGAGGCCUUGGGUUCAACUGUCAGUGCUUUCAAUGUUCAUUGUUUUAUUAUGCUAUCAUGAUUAUGAAUAAAUCAUUCCAUCUGAACAGAG